UCACUCCUCCUCCUCGUGGUGGAACCUCCACCCAGCUGCGGCCAUGCGGAUCCUCCAGCUGCUCUUUGCAGUCAUUGUCGUUCUCCUCCUCCAGGACAUUCCCGUAAGAGGCCUUUCAGACAGCCAGCAGUGCAGAAGCAGCCGUGGGCACUGCCGGAGGCUUUGCUUCCACAUGGAGCGCUGGGAAGGGAGCUGCAGCAACGGGCGCCUGCGCUGCUGCCGCUGAGAACGGCCACGCUGACACGGACCUUGGCAGCCCAGAGGGACCAGCACAGAGCCUCUGCAACCUCAGCUGUAUGUAGAAUCAGCUCUUGGGCAUCUCCACAGCUACACCUGCAGCUUGUUUGUUUCCAUCGCCAAUAAACCCAUGGGGCUUAGAUGUC